UUUAUUACCAAGGUUAUGGCUGUAGUAAUAAAUGCCAGCCUGCUUAGAUGUUUAUACAAGGAGAGAGUUCUCUGUUGCACUGAGCAUGCGCAGUCGGCCAACGUUGGGACUCCAUUCCAGGCUGUCAGUGAGGGUUCCCUGAACAUCGCAUCCUGAACUAUCGUCCUCUCAGGAGCAACUUCAGCUGCUUUCUAAACAAAAGCAACCUGGCAAUGAGUGGGGACCAUGGACGCGGAGACUCUCAGGUCAACUCUGGAUCUAAAGGAUAUGACUCUCACAAACAUAAAGACAAGCACAAAGAGAAGGAACACAAACACAAAGAUCACAAGAAAGACAAGGAAAGAGAGAAAAUAAAGCACAGCAACAGCGAGCAUAAGGAGUACUCUGAGAGAAAACACAAAGACAAAGAGAAGCCGAGGCACGGUGAUGGCAGCUCAGAGAAGCACAGAGAAAAACACAAAGACAAAGAGAAGAAGAGAGAGGACAAGAUCCUGUCAUCUCAGUCUGACAGGCCUAAAAAGGAGAAGGAAAACGGAUAUGUGAGAGAGAGAAGCCCCGCUGCCAUUAAGAGCGAGCCGGAAGAUGACAACGGUUUCUACCCCUCUCCCAAACACAACAAGGCCACCAAACGUGAGAGGGAUGACGACGAAGAGUUCGAAUACAAGCCGAAGAAAGUCAAGGUGGAACACGAUAAGAAGGCCAAGAAGAGGAAACACGAAUAUGAAGAUGACGAGGAGGACGAGGACGCUAAGCACAAAAAGAAGACGAAAGACAAGAAAGCAACAGAGGGAAAGAAAGCCAAAAAACAGGAGGAGGAGAAAUGGAAAUGGUGGGAGGAGGAGAGAUACACCGAUGGCUCCAAAUGGCGCUUCCUUGAACAUAAGGGUCCAGUUUUUGCUCCAUCUUAUGAGCCGUUGCCGGACAAAGUCAAAUUUUACUACGACGGUAAGCCGAUGAAACUUAGCGCUCCUGCCGAGGAAGUCGCCACAUUCUUUGCCAAGAUGUUAGAUCACGAGUACACGACUAAAGACAUCUUUAGGAAGAACUUCUAUAAGGACUGGAGGAAGGAAAUGACAUCAGAGGAGAAGUCCGUAAUCACUGAUCUGAACAAGUGUGACUUCAGAGAAAUGAGUGAAUACUUCAAGGCCCAAUCGGAGGCUCGCAAACAGAUGUCCAAGGAGGAGAAACAGAAAAUCAAAGAGGAGAACGAGCGGAUCCUCCAGGAGUACGGUUUCUGCAUCAUGGACAAUCACAAGGAAAGGAUCGGAAACUUCCGCAUCGAGCCGCCGGGCCUGUUCCGGGGAAGAGGCGACCAUCCAAAGAUGGGAAUGCUGAAACGCCGCAUCAGACCCGAAGACAUCAUCAUCAACUGUAGCAAGGACUCCAAGCAGCCCAAACCUCCCCCAGGGACGAAGUGGAAGGAGGUCCGCCACGACAACAAGGUGACGUGGUUGGUAUCCUGGACGGAGAACAUCCAGGGCUCCAUCAAGUACAUCAUGUUGAACCCCAGCUCGAGGAUCAAGGGGGAGAAGGACUGGCAGAAAUACGAGACCGCCAGGCGUUUGAAGAAGUGCGUGGAUCGGCUCCGUGCUCAGUACAGAGACGACUGGAAGUCAAAAGAGAUGAGGAUCCGACAGAGAGCCGUCGCGUUGUAUUUCAUCGACAAGCUGGCUCUGAGGGCAGGUAACGAAAAGGAGGAGGGCGAGACGGCGGACACGGUCGGCUGCUGCUCGCUGAGGGUGGAGCACAUCAAACUGUACCCCAAGAUGGACGAGCAGGAGUACGUGGUGGAGUUUGACUUUUUGGGGAAAGACUCCAUCCGCUACUACAACAAGAUCCCCGUGGAGAAGCGGGUUUUUAAAAACCUUCAGCUGUUCCUGGAGAACAAGCAGCCGGAGGAUGACCUCUUUGACAGAUUGAAUACUUCCAUCCUGAAUAAGCACUUACAGGAGCUGAUGGAUGGACUAACAGCCAAAGUGUUUCGUACCUACAACGCCUCCAUCACCCUGCAGCAGCAGCUCAAGGAACUCACCUCCCCUGAGGACAGCAUCCCGGCCAAGAUCCUGUCAUACAACCGCGCUAACCGAGCGGUCGCCAUUCUGUGCAACCACCAGAGAGCUCCCCCUAAAACGUUUGAGAAGUCCAUGCAGAACCUUCAGACCAAAAUCGACGAGAAACAAAAGCAGCUGUCUGCAGCCAGGAAGCAGCUGAAGGCCGCCAAGGCCGAUCACAAGGCUUCACAUGACGAAAAGAGCAAAAAGGCCGUCGAGGUGAAGCGUAAAGCUGUACAGAGGAUAGAGGAGCAGCUCAUGAAGCUCCAGGUACAAGCCACGGACAGAGAGGAGAACAAGCAGAUUGCUCUGGGCACCUCCAAGCUCAACUACCUGGAUCCACGCAUCUCUGUCGCUUGGUGCAAGAAGUGGGACGUUCCAAUCGAGAAGAUCUACAACAAGACCCAGAGGGAAAAGUUUGCCUGGGCGAUCGACAUGGCCGAAAAGGAUUACGAGUUUUAAACCGCACUUAGCGUUUGAUUGUACGGGUGGUUCGUUAGCCGACGCCAAACGACUCCACUGCUUGCGGCAGCUGCGGGGCAGAGACGGGACGAAAGCCAGGACCUCACCGAAGCUGUGAUCACAGACAGGUUUAAUAAACGCGCUGUAAAUAUCAACCGGUUGUGUACAGACAAAAAAAAAAAUCAACCCGAGAGAGCUUUCCUCACGUUGCCCCAUAAGGUAUCUCCCCUUAGAAACGUUCUGAUAUUGUGUACGUAGCUGCCCGCUCUUUGACCGUAUUUCAGCCACCAUUAACACAUGAAGUAUUAUGUCGUGUCAGAUGAAAUGUUCCCGAGAUGCAAAGCCAUCAGACCUAUUGAAUACUAUUUUGAUAGAAUAAUGAAUUUUUUUUUUUUUUUCUUUUUU